AUGUCUGGAAGCGCAGGCUAUGAUAGACACAUCACCAUCUUCUCGGACCAAGGCCGCCUAUAUCAAGUCGAGUAUGCAUUCAAGGCAAUCACGGCAGCAAACAUCACAUCAUUGGGCGUGCGGGGUAAAGACUGUGCGGUAGUCAUCUCGCAGAAGAAGGUGCCCGACAAGCUCAUCGACCCUGCCUCGGUCUCGCAUAUCUUUCGCCUCUCACCGUCGGUUGGAUGUGUCAUGACUGGCUCCAUCGCCGAUGCAAGGGCGUCCGUGAGCAGAGCGCGGGGUGAGGCUGCUGAAUUCCGCUACAAGAAUGGAUAUGAGAUGCCCUGCGACGUGCUAGCCAAGCGGAUAGCCAACAUCAGCCAAGUCUACACACAACGUGCAUACAUGCGACCACUAGGCGUUGCCACGACGCUCAUCUCACUGGACUCGGAGUACGGACCUCAGCUCUACAAGUGCGAUCCUGCAGGUUACUAUGUUGGCUACAAGGCAACAGCAUCAGGGCCCAAGACGCAGGAGGCGCUCAAUUUCCUGGAGAAGAAACUGAAGAACAAGGAGCAUGCAGAGGGCAGCUGGGAAGAGGUAGUCGAGCUGGCCAUCACCGCCCUGAGCACUGUACUCUCGGUUGAUUUCAAGAAAGGAGAGUUGGAGAUUGGCAUUGUAGGAGGACCGAAGCUCAAGGGCCAGGAGGGCACAGAGGCCGCUUUCAGGGCGCUCACCGAGGAGGAGAUUGACGAACGGCUGCAGUCGAUCGCAGACAAGGACUAA